AUGGUAUUAACUGCUAUAACAAAUAUCAAAAGAAAUAUUAAAAGAUUCUAUAUUUUCAAGGCAUCUGGAACUGAACAGUCGCAUGGAGGAAAGCACCUGGUUAAUGGAAGCUUCCUCCAACGUUUACUAUCCUUGAGAAUCCAACGGGAUUGGUUUGGACUUCCAACACCUGUUCCAAGUUCACUGGGCAAUGCUUCGAGGCUUGAAAUACUCGAUUUGCCUGAUAACAGUUUCAGUGGACCCGUGCCUAUGAAUCUUGGGAUGUUAACACGUCUCACUCGGUUCAAUUUGGUGGGUAAUCGGCUCGGAACAAAGGAGGGAGAUGACCUGAGAUUCCUGGAAUCUUUAACUAACUGUGUUGAUUUAUUUUUGUUGGGUCUAGAAUUCAAUAAUCUCAAAGGAGGGUUGCCGGAGUCCAUCGCAAAUCUUUCGACCCAACUUGCAAUGAUAACGAUGAGCAAAAACCAGAUAUUUGGAAGCAUCCCUAAUGGGAUAGGAAAUCUUGUCGGCUUGACUGAAUUGGCAAUAGAUCAGAACCUUAUGACAGGUUCUAUUCCGGUCAGUAUUGGGAAGCUUCAGAGGUUGCAAAUCUUGGACUUGUCCAGAAAUAGAUUUUCAGGCAGCAUUCCAUACUCCAUUGGGAACAUCUCUCUCCUGAGUGAGCUCUUGGACGGGAAUUUUCUCACCGGCCGCCUGCCAAAUGAUGUUGGUAACUUGAAAAACCUCGAAGAAAUAGACAUUGCAAGGAAUAGAAUGUCAGAAUCUGGAUCUCUCUUCAAUAAUCUCGACGGUGAAGUACCACAAGAAGGGCUCUUCAGAAAUUUGAGUCCGAGUUCAGUCUUUGGAAGCAAGAAAUUGUGUGGGGGCAUUCCAGAGCUGCAGCUGGUGGCAUGUCCAGUUGUAGCCUCUAAAAAACAAGGAAAAUCUCUAGUUAUUAAAUUUGUAAUAGCAGUAUUAGCCGCAAUUCUUUGCUUACUCAUAUUAUCAUGUUUGUUUGGCAUUUGUUAUUGGAGAAGAAAGCCAAGAAAGAGACCCUCUUCAACAUCUUCCUUGAAGAACCAGCAUUUUAAGGUUUCUUACAUGGAGCUCCUUAAAGCCACUGAUGGCUUCUCUUCAUCCAAUUUUAUUGGUUUUGGAAGCUAUGGUUCAGUAUAUAAAGGAGUUCUAGACCAUGAUGAGAUGAUUGUUGCGGUGAAAGUACUCGACCUCCGACGAAAAGGAGCUUCCAAGAGCGUUAUGGCUGAAUGCAAUGCCUUGAGAAAUAUCCGGCAUCGGAACCUCAUCAGGGUCUUAACCUCUUGCUCAAGCGUGGAUUCUAAAGGGGACCAUUUCAAAGCUAUAGUUCUUGAGUUCAUGCCUAAUGGGAGCCUCGAGAAGUGGUUGCAUCCGCAGGACAAAGACAGCUCACACCAUUCAAGGAAAUUAAGCUUGAUUCAGAGGUUAAACAUAGCCAUCGAUGUGGCUUCUGCACUGGAGUAUCUUCAUCAUGAUUGCAAGACGCCACUCAUCCAUUGGGAUUUAAAGCUGAGCAAUGUUCUUUUUGAUGUUGACAUGAUUGCCCAUGUUGGCGAUUUUGGGCUAGCAAGAUUCUUUUGCGAAUCCGAUCAUAAUUCUCAGAAUCAGACCAGCUUAUCCGUGAUAAAGGGAUCGAUUGGGUAUGUAGCUCCAGGUAAUGUCUCUAACAAUUUCUUCUAUUUUUUCUUAGACUCAAAAUUUUAAAAUCACAGAUAUAUAUCAUGUUUUCUAUAUGUCAUGCAUAUCAUGCGUGCCAUGUGCACGCUGUGCACCAUGUACCUCACAGCACGCAGUCGUAUAGCUUAAUUUUACUUUAAGACAUUAGUUAAAAUAUCUUCCUAACCAUAUACUACAACUUGUAAGAGUAGGCACUUUUCAAACAUUGAAAGCUCUCAUUCAGUUGGCCUUAUCAUCAUAGGCCACAACCCAAAUAUCGAAUUUCCGAUCCAUUAUCAACUUCUGGAUAAACCAUUCAAAGAACAUAUCCUCUAGGCUUUGGAUUGUAAUAAAGUCUUGCUUAUCUUCCAAAGAAAAAAGACCGUCAGAUAAACCAUCCAUUCACAGUCUACGGUGGGAUAGCCAGAACCCAUUAGGCAUGGCCCGUCUGUUGGGUUCGACUAGUAUAGUUGUUUGGUCAAGCAGGGCAUCUUAAUACCUCCCUUUCAUUGAAAAUGUGAUCAUCACCAGCUAUCCUGCAUCUUCUUCAUCUCUCUCUCUCUGGCAUUUCGUCAAACACUUGCGAUGCGUACUUGUCUUUCUAGACUAUUAGUGUAGAAAACACUGUGCUGGCAAUAGGCGUUCGCUUUCUUAGCUAAGUUGUGAGUUUGAGUUGCGUCGAGCUGACCAAGAUAGUGAGCCACUGGCUGAGCCGUAGCAAGUCGAGACUAAACCAGUUUCCUGGCUUGAAAUCUCAUCGAAUGACUUCACCUCGCUGAGUUUGGAGUCGCCAAUGACUAUGCUCUUUUGUAUAUAGUAGUAGCUUUUCUGGACUGUUCAUUUAGCGGAACUAUCACGAUUGGCCUGUUUUUAAGAAGUUGAAUAUAUUCAUAUAAUCCUAACCACAAUGUCUCAUUGUUCCGUUAUAUUUUCUGUUUUCUAGUAAGGUUGAUGAUCAGAUGGUUAGAAACAGAAGCAGAUUGCGUACGGAGUAAUUUAUUAAGCACUAUGAGUUAAAUCUAAGUGGCCCACCGUGGCUGUAUGUGUCUUAUCUACCACGUUCAUCUGUUUUUUC